GUGACGGGCUACCGGAAACGAUAGCAAAUAUAUUACCGCCGUCACAGCCAUAAUAAUUGGCGCUUUUUGGGGGUUUCCCAGUCGACAUUUUCAUUCACUAUUUUGUGCUAAAUUAAAUUAACGGCAUCUUGGGGCUAUCCAAAAGAUGCCCAUCUAAUUGCAGUCCGAGCGGACAGCAGCGGAAUGGAAGAAGAAUUGACAGUGACUGAAGAACAAGGAGAUGUUCUAAACAAAGACGAGUCGAGCGAAGAAAAUUCUGAUAACAGUUGUGUGAAAAGAGGCAGGGGAAGACCCAAAGGUUCUAAGAAGCUGCAGGUCAGCAUUCCAGAUUUAAACCUCAUGGAGCUCGUGUCUGGCAUUUCCAACAGUGGACCCGCACUGGGAUUCAAGAACCUGGACAGCGGUGAAGAGUAUACUCCCAAAAAGAGAGGCAGGCCAAAGGGGUCCAUGAACAAACGCUCGGCUGAAAAGGCUCUCAACAACAGUGGCUCCGACGAACCGAAAAGGGGACGGGGUCGUCCUAAGGGAUCUGGUAAGCGCAAAGCGGAAAACAUAUCCAGUGAUGAUGAAAGUUAUGAAUGGGCACCGAAGAAGAGAGGCCGGCCGAAAGGUUCUGUCAAAAAGACACCUCAGAGCAAAGAGGUGGAGUUGGAUGAGAACGGAGUCCCGAAGACUCCGAGGGGCAGAGGAAGACCAAGGAAGAGUAGCUCAGAGCGAAAGCAAGCGCCAGCAGAUGACCCUCUGCGCCCUAAGAGAGGGCGAGGACGUCCAAAAGGCUCCAUGAACAAGAAACCUUUUCUUGAGGUCCACUUUCAAGCAGGACGCCCACGGAGAAAGCAUAUUCCCCCUUCCAGGCUGGAGAUACGCCUUCCCCGGAAGACUGGGAAGCGCGGGCGACCCAGAAAAGAGAUGUCUCGGAGGGGCCGUCCAAGGAAGUACCCCUUGCCAUCCACUGAGGAGUCCAAAAAGCAACGUGUGUGGAAACCUCUGGGUAGGCCGAGGAAGCAUCCCCUUUCCGGUACCCCAGGGCCAGCCGGAGGAGGCCCUAACCGGGGGCGAGGUCGCCCACGCAAGUUGGAAGCUAAAAAGGGCGCCCACUUACGCAAAUACGAUGGCCCCCCACGAAAAAGAGGCCGUCCAAGAAAGUACCCCUCGACGGGGGAGUCCCCUAAGCCAAAAGUAUGGAAGCCUCUCGGGAGGCCGAGGAAGUAUCCUCUUGUUGAGCCGCCUGAAGGAGCCCCAGAAACCCCACGCCGCACCCCCGGUCGACCCCGCAAGUCAGAAUCCAAGAGAGGCGCCCACUUGCGCAACCCUAACCCCACGCCGCGCCCCCCGAAGCCCACACUAGCUGCAGACGGCACGCCGCGGAAAAGGGGCCGCCCCAAGGGAUCGGUCAACAAGAAUAAAGUCCAAAAGGAGAGCCAGCAAGAUAGCGAACCCUGGAACCAUUCCGACGCUGACGCCGCCGCUGCAGACGCUGAGGAGGAACAAGUUGCAGACGUGCCUGCUGAGGAGGAGGAAGAGGAGGAGGAAGAGGAGCGCCGCAUGGAGGCGGAGGAUGGGGAUGCUCAGGAUAUUUUGACGGCCCACAGAAGACAUAGUAUGUCUGUCCAAGUGUCCAAUGAAGAGACGGCGCUCUUGCCCGCCAGUCCAAGCGCACAAGGUCAGCGAGCAGGAAGUGACAAGAUGCCAGUGAGCUGCAAAAAGACAUGUGAGGACGACUUCGAGGAAGAGGAGGCUGCAGGCUGUCGUCUCCUGGAGGACGCCACUCUGCCGUGGCCUGCAGACAAAGACAAGAAGACACAGGAGGUGGAUGGCGUCUCCUCCGGGAUGGGAGCGUCCGACUCAGGGGAGAAGGACACCGGGGUCAGCGGGGGCAGUCAGGACCUGUCCGAGGCUCACGAGGCCGACGACGGGCUAAGCAAAGCCAAAUGGAGGGAUAGCAUGCCCGAGGGAGAGAAGUGGAGGGACGACCUCUUGGAGACGCAGAGGGACAACAAGGGAGACGGCUCGCUGGCGGACGAUGAAGGGGAAGAAGAAGAAGAAGAUGUCGAAUCCCCCUGGAUUGCAGAGAAAGCCAGUAUGGGCAUCACUCCACAGGUGAAUAUCGUGCGGCGCUCCAGUGAGGAAACUCCUGUGGAGAGCAGACUGUCCAUUGAGGACCACGCAGACAGGGGGGAACACACAGCGCCCCCCCUUGACCACACCUGGACACAACACGACAGCAGAGACUGCUGCUGUGAGGACAUGUGCAGUGAGAAGAUGAAGCUGGCAUUGGCCACGGCGUCGGCGGCCCUCCUCUUCCCCUUCCUGGUGUGGGGGGGCUACGCCCUCUUGCCCUUUGACUCCCCGCUACUCACCAGCUCCCCCCUCAGGGUGGUGUACACACUGCGGUGCACCAUCUUUGCCACCAUCCCCGUCAUGCUGGGCAUAGUGGUGCAGGGCGUGGCCAGGCUGCGCUACAGUGAUGUGAAGCCACGCUUCCAGAGCCAAGUGGUCAACAGGACGGUGGCGAUACACUGGCACUACGUCAACGAGUCGCUGGGCCUCUUCCUCUUUUUCUUCCUGCAGCUGGCCGUCAUGGCAACGUAUGUCAGCCAGGACAUGCUCAAACUGGUGCCGCUACUCACGGUCAUCUUUGUUUUUGGAAGGCUUAUCUACUGGCUGUGCCUCUCGCUGGGCAGCAGCAUCCGAGGCCUGGGCUUCGGCCUCUCCUUCUUCCCCGUGCUCGUCAUGCUGGGCGCCAACCUCUACUUCGUGUGCUCGUCCGUGGGUCAGGAGGCCGUCUUUGACAUGGAGCCGCCCACCACGCCUUCUCCUCCCAGUAAGCGCUGGUGGGGUUAACGCCCCUAGGAGGUGGGACACUCUUAUCAUUGCUUUUGUGCCUUUCCCUGUUGAGGACGUUCGACAUUUUGUACGUUUAUAUCUGCCUAAACAUUUAAGCGUUUCACCACUUAAAGCUAAAAGCCAACAUGCAAUUGGAUGCAAGAGUUGCCAUAAAAAGUUUACAUUCUGUACAUCAUGUAAAACAUUUGAUGUGGUUGAAAUUCAUGAAUGAAGAUGUCACUUUAUGUUGCUAAUAUACGUAUCUAUUUAUAAGCAAAUUUAUUUUUUUGUUUACCAAGUGUACAAAUGCAAUGUAUUUAAAAUCAUCUUUGGGGGCUUAAAUGAGUUGAAUAAAGCUUCAUUAAUUGAUUGAUUGAAAGGGAAAAAAGGAAGCUGAAUUUCACUCAGUUUGUCAUUUAAUAUAUAAAAUACAGUAAAACAUACGCAAAAAGGAUAAGGUUUCAAGGGACUUGGAUACUUUGGUACAACAAACACUUUUUUUUCUGUAAAAGCGGUAUAGAAUUUCAAUAACAUCAGUGCAUACUUUUGUAUAUGAAAAUAUACACAAACUGUUUAUCAUUCAAGAAAAAAAACAACAUCUUUACAACAAAACCCAUAGCAGA